AAUGAAUAUUUUAAUUUUUCAAUUAAUAACAAUAUUUCUUUUGACAAUAAGAAAUAAUGAUUGUGCAAUUUGCGAUUUCUUUCAUCAAGAAGAUAAACAGUUAGCAACAAGCACAUAUGUUGUUAUUUAUAAUAUAGAUGAUAGAGGAGUAGACUAUUGUAAAAAGUUAUGCUAUUAUCUUGAACUUUGCAAGAGUUUCUAUGUUGAUAAACAGGAUAACAACAAAUGUUAUCUUUCAACUGACCAUGCAGGAUUAGGAGGAAGUCAGUUACCUCAAGUCAUUGGUUAUGAUUAUUAUGAAAAACCAGAUGUUUGUGAUACUCCACAAUUUGGAGACACAAUUACCUAUAAAAGUUAUCCUGAUCAGCUUGGCGGAUUUACUUAUCAUACAGUUUUUAAUACAGGUGAAGCUGACUGCAAAAAACUUUGUAGCAUGCUCAGUGAUUGCAAUACAAUUAGUAUUGUAACUUCAAAUCAGAUAUGUCACAUUUUCAAAGCAACCUUUGAUGAACUUACAGAUCGUCGUCAAUCAGUAGGGGAUACUACAUUUUCAAAAAUUGGUGUAACAAUUGAACCUUCAUUGGAUCCAGGGUUAGGUCUUGGGGUUAGGGUUUUAACGCCCUAG